CUCCUGCCCUGGUCCCUUCCAGAUUGCACUUGCCAGCUUCUACGAGGACGGGGGAGACGAGGACAUCCUGACCCUGCCCCAGCCCACCCCCAGCUCUCUGUCCAGAGGCACUGCAGCCAGCGACCACAGAGUAACGUCCUUCAGAGACCUGGUUCACUCACAGGAGGAUGACGACGAAGAGGAAGAGGGACAGCGGUUCUACGCCGGCGGCUCCGAGAGGAGCGGGCAGCAGAUCGUGGGGCCCCCGAGGAAGAAGAGCCCCAACGAGCUGGUGGAGGAUCUGUUCAAGGGUGCCAAGGAGCACGGGGCGGUGGCGGUGGACCGGGCGGCCAAGGGCGGGGGCGAGAGCAGCAAGCCUAAGCCCUUUGCAGGGGGUGGGUAUCGCCUCGGGGCCACCCCAGAGGAGGAAUCUGCUUACGUGGCCGGGGAGAGGAGACACAACGCUGCUCAGGAUGUGCACAUUGUACUGAAGCUCUGGAAGAGUGGGUUCAGCCUGGACAGUGGAGAGCUGAGGAGCUACCAGGAUCCAUCCAACGCCCAGUUCCUCGAUGAUAUCCGCAGAGGGGAGGUGCCCGCAGAGCUGCGCAGGUUAGCACGGGGUGGACAGGUGAACCUGGACAUGGAGGAUCACCGGGAUGAGGAGUAUGUGAAACCUAAGAGUGUCUUCAAAGCUUUCACUGGAGAAGGACAGAAGCUGGGCAGCACCGUGCCCCAGGUGAUGGGCACCAGCUCGCCAGCCCAGCAGGCAGAGAACGAAGCCAAAGCCAGUUCUGCCAUCGCCAUCGACGAGUCCCAGCCCACCACCAACAUCCAGAUCCGCCUCGCCGACGGCGGGAGGCUGGUCCAGAAGUUCAACCACCAUCACAGGAUCCGAGACAUCCGGCUCUUCAUCGUAGACGCCCGGCCGGCGAUGGCUGCCACCAGCUUCAUCCUCAUGACCACCUUCCCAAAUAAAGAGCUGACUGAUGAGAACCAGACCCUGAAGGAAGCCAACCUGCUCAACGCCGUCAUCGUUCAGCGGCUGACAUGA